AGGAAGAAAAGGAUGCCACGGAAGCUGUUGUUGCCUUAUAAAUCUGUUUUUUCUCACUUUCGAGCUCCACGGGGGUCGCAUGACUCUUUGGCGAUGAACGCAGCCAGAAGUGGCUACCGGGUCUUCUCGGCCAACUCCACGGCAGCCUGCACCGAGCUGGCGAAGAGGAUCACGGAGCGUCUCGGUGCUGAGCUGGGGAAAUCCGUGGUGUACCAGGAAACCAAUGGAGAAACGAGAGUUGAGAUAAAAGAGUCCGUCCGGGGACAGGAUAUCUUCAUUAUACAGACAAUCCCCAGAGAUGUGAAUACCGCUGUCAUGGAGCUGCUGAUAAUGGCGUAUGCACUGAAGACUUCCUGCGCCAGGAACAUCAUUGGGGUCAUCCCUUACUUCCCCUACAGCAAACAGAGCAAAAUGAGGAAGAGGGGCUCUAUAGUCUGCAAGCUGCUGGCUUCGAUGCUCGCCAAGGCAGGUUUAACACACAUUAUCACUAUGGACCUUCAUCAAAAGGAAAUUCAAGGCUUCUUCAGCUUCCCAGUAGACAACCUGAGAGCAUCCCCUUUCUUGCUUCAGUAUAUACAGGAAGAAAUUCCAGAUUACAGAAAUGCAGUUAUUGUAGCCAAAUCUCCUGAUGCAGCUAAAAGAGCUCAGUCCUACGCUGAGAGACUGCGGCUGGGACUAGCAGUGAUCCACGGAGAGGCUCAGUGUACAGAGCAGGACAUGGAUGAUGGACGUCACUCCCCUCCGAUGGUCAAAAACGCAACUGUGCAUCCUGGUCUAGAGCUGCCGUUGAUGAUGGCCAAGGAGAAACCGCCGAUAACUGUGGUUGGAGAUGUUGGAGGAAGAAUUGCCAUCAUUGUGGAUGACAUCAUCGAUGAUGUGGAAAGCUUUGUAGCUGCUGCAGAGAUCCUGAAAGAGCGCGGAGCCUACAAGAUUUUUGUGAUGGCUACUCAUGGGCUGCUGUCAGCAGAUGCCCCCCGACUCAUAGAGGAAUCCUCCAUCGACGAGGUGGUAGUAACCAACACGGUUCCUCACGAGGUACAGAAGCUGCAGUGCCCCAAGAUAAAGACUGUGGAUAUCAGUUUGAUUCUCUCUGAAGCCAUCCGACGAAUCCACAAUGGCGAGUCCAUGGCCUAUCUCUUUCGCAACAUCACUGUCGAUGACUAGACCUGGCGCUGCCCCUGUCCUGGCUUCCACAAGAGAAAGAAAUAUGCAUGAAAAGGCAAUACCAUAAAUUAUAAGCAUAACACAACUGUUUAUUCUUGUAGGAGCGUGAAGGUUUUCAGGGUCUUGAGCCAUGAGAUCUAAUAGAAAAAAUCAACCUGACCAGCACUUUACAGGUGAAUAGAAGAGGCCGCUGGCAAUGGGGGGGAUUACAUCUUCAUUAAGAGAGAUGGAGAAAUGAGGUGGUGUUGAAGUUUUGAGUUCUUUUUAAUUUUUUUUUUUAGUGUGUUAUCUCUUGCCCUGUAGGGAGGGAAAGAAAAGCAAAAAAGAAGUAGCUGUCAGCUUAUGAGAAGGGAAUAGAGACUGCUCAUCGCUGCGUGUGGGCAGCAAGAGGAGACAGCCUUUGGG